AAAAUUUCUAUUUACAAAUGACACAGAGAUGACGACGCUACAGGAUUUUUCUGAAGAAUCGCCACGUUUCCGGUAUGAUGGACCUUCUUGCAAUGACGACCUUAUUUCUCGUCACGUGUACAAAUGUUGACCUCACUUCCGGGGUCCAAUGCAUCUCGUGUUUUUCUCAGGACGGUGAAAUUCCUUACUUUCACCCAACGACGGCCCCCGCCUCGAAUACGCCGUCGCCCUUCCUCCACUCCUCUAUCCCGCCUGCGCCACCGUUUAUCGACCCGCUCCCACAUCUCUAUCCGCCCAACGAAGUUCCGCUUUGUGGCCGAUGGGAGAACGCCGAGAGGCCGAGGGCAGGAACAAAGAUGGAAAAGAAUCAGUCUUCCCUGGGCGAAAGUAAUGUUCAGAGUUCUGCACAGGCACUGAAUAAUACGUCGCCAUAUGUGGAAGAUUGUCCACGUGGCUGUAAAAUCGAGGCGUACAAAGUGAUCUUUACCUCCACCACGUAUGGGAAUUCUUUCUCCACGCUGCGCCUCUUUCGCCGAUGUCGUGACGACUUUCCCCGCGGUCAGAAAUGUAUCGACUUCUCCGAUUUGGCGAAACACAACUGGAUUCAUGGCCGAGAUACGUUGCUGGAUGAAUCGAGGACAAAGAUUGACUUCUUUUCGGCCAUAGUUUGCGGAUGUGGGAGGGAUUUUUGCAAUGAGAACGCGACCCGCGUGCUGGGCAUGAUUUCCGAGCAGGUGGCCGACUGGGAGAGGUCGCUCCAUGAGGAUGACGAUGGGGGAGAAGGGGGAGACGAGGGGGGUGAAUUUGUGAGAGGUCAGUCGGCGGCGGAGAGACCGUUGUUGACGAAAAAAGUGACGAUGACGAUAUGUUUUGGCAGUAUUUUAUUUGUGAAAAUAUUUUUAAAAAUUUUGAAAUAAAUUUGCAUAAUGUGAUAAAAUUUACA